AUGGGACUGGGACUUACAAAACAAGUCCUCCCUGUCGAGCGCAUUUCUCAUCCAUCUGUGGCCCAAGUGGAGUGGCUAGUAGGUUGGUUAGAAAGGAAGCCCAGCUUGGCUAAAGGAUUCGCCAAAACUCCAAGCGGUAGGCUGGCAGCUAGUCAUGAGUGGGAUCGCAUCACAUUAAGACUUAAUAGUAUAAGAGGGACGCUGAAGUCGAAAAAACAGUGGCUUAAGUACUGGGCUGACAAAAAAAGUGCUGUAAAGAAGAAAGCUGCUGCACGUGCUGCUUUUAUAAGUAGUACAGGCAUGGUAAAGGUAGAAGAAGGUGAAACACCGCCACAGCUCUCUAAUAUAGAAGAGCGUAUCCUGGUGCUGAUGGGUGGUGAAGCAUUUAUUGCAGGCCACAGAAUGUUACAAAAUAUUAAGGUUGAACCUUCACAGGAUAGUGGCUCCAUUCGGGCACCAGUUACACAGUCCAGCGGCACCUGCCAUAGUUUAAGAGUGGUACCUCCAAACAAUCUUCUGGGCCCAGCAGCAACAGAAGCAGAAGUUACCACCACCUCGGAUCCCCUCAGGCUUAAUGACAGUUUUAUAAUUAACAUCACAAUUCCACCUCCAACACCUGCUGUCCAGGACCAGCAGCAGCAGUAUGUGCGUGCUAGAAGCGACACUGAGCAGCCAAUGUCUCCAGGCUCUCCUGCAACAAGACCUGUAUUAUCUAGGCUUUCAAGUCCAACACGAUCGCAUCGCAGAAUUUUGCAAGGCAUUAGAAGACGUCGCCAGGUGUCGCCAUCAUUGCAGCGACGUAACAACCUGUUAGACAUGACUGAUAAAUUCUUGCAGAUUGAGCAUCGGCGUUUGGAAAUAGAUAACAGAAUGGUUACUGUCAUGGAACGCAACAGUGAACGGGACCAUUUACUUGUGGAGGCAACUAAAACUAUGGGAGAGGGCUUAAAAGCUAUGGCCGAAGGCUUGAAAGCUCUGGCAGAAGCAAUUAAGCGAUAA